AUGAGAAGCCUUACCUCAUCAACCUUAUCGAUUCGCCUGGGCAUGUGGAUUUCAGCAGUGAAGUGUCUACGGCUGUUCGAUUGUGUGAUGGGGCGCUGGUAAUUGUGGAUGUCAGUGAAGGCGUAUGUGCCCAGACCCAUGCUGUGCUGAGACAAGCGUAUGAAGAAAACAUCAGGCCUGUCCUAAUUCUGAACAAAGUGGACCGACUGAUCACCGAGUUGAAACUCACACCCGACGAGGCACUGGUGCAUUUGCAGAAAAUCCUGGAACAU